AUGGGAGGAGGCGGUGUCGCGUCGCCCAUCUUUUCUACAGUCAAUGCUCCCAACCCAGGGACCCAAAGCCUUCUCCUGUAUCUGCUAACCUUCGCCAACAAAUCAUCGCCGGUAAAUACACAAGAGUUCGACUCCUAUCUGACUAUUAUUCUCGAUCUCGCAUUUCGAUUUGGCGACACUGGCUUCUAUCAGUACCACAUCCAGUUUGCUUCUCAGGCAGCUGCUCGCCUUCAGCAGUUUAAUCAAGACACCUUCUGGGGCAGCCUCGAUCAGGAAAUCUACUGUCACGUCUUCCCCGCCCGUUCUUCUCUCCCCUGCAAGUCGUGCGGCGCCCUGUCACACCCUGCUUCCGCCUGCAUAGUCCCAGCCCAAAACGAUCCACAGCCCUUGCGCUGUCCUUCUGUUCUCACCCGCUUGACCCCAGCUCCCGUUCCAGAACCUUCUAAACCCACAAUCUCCACCCCCAGCAUGCCUUUGCCUCAAGGUUCAGACAAGCGGGGCAGGCCCAUCAUGCACCUUGGAGGCCGUACCAUUUGCAAUAACUUCAACGACUCCGGCUGUUCCAUGUCCCAAUGCGCUAUCUUCACUGCUGCUCCUUUUGCGGCAGCAGCCAUUCCCGCCCGCAUGUCCCCACGACCCCACCAAGCCAUGACUAGCUUUUACAUGGGGAUCUGCCCGGCCCGAGAGCCGUCGCCAGUCCCCUUCAAGGCCUUCCCCAAACCGCAGCACUAUUUCACACUUCCUCAUCCCUCAUCUCCCAUCGUUACCAAGGAUGUGGUCCCUGCUAGCAUCUCAGAUGAGAACAUGAGUGGAAACACAGAGAAGCCAGAGAAGGAAGAAGACAGCCAGAACAAGUCAUGGCAAAUAGAAACCGAGACAAUGCUGGACAGACUUCAUCUUCAAGGCAAAAUUCAACAAAAGUUGUCACCAGCAGAUUUUCUUCAAAUACGUCCACCUGUGAAACAGCACCAUGUAGAAUCUGAGAAAGAUCUAGCUCACACUUUCCUCCAUAGGCUGAUAAUGUUGGACUACAGGGCCAGAUAUAUUUCUGUAAGAUCAAGUUGUAAGAUCAAGGAGUCGUUCAAAGCCUCCUCCAGUGACUGGGAUGUUUUUGUGAGCAGCAGUGUGGAAACACAUAAGAAAGAGCAGACUUCUGUGCAUCCAAUGGACGUUCAGAUGGCAGUAUUUCACUGCUCAGACAGCUUCCUGAAACAGAUGAUGAUUACAAAGCUCUCUCAGUGUCAGUAUGCCUUACCUUUGCUUGUUCCUGACCCAGUCACAAAGGAGAUUCAGUUUCCUCUGUGGACUUUCAGAGAACUAACAAAAACCUGGAGGGAAAAUGAAAUCAAAGAUGACUCAACGAUCGUCACCAUGAAGAGUGUUCCAGUCUACAAAGCUGAAACACCCUUGGUGUCAUUUUUCCGCCUGGGUUCUUUGUCAGUGUCUAAAUCUCAGCUGAUGAACACUUUGAUCAACGACCGUCACGACACCUUCUUCCACAGAAACUGCCCAGGAAGCACCAAGUCUCGCUAUUUGAUGGAUGGUGUGGCAGAGAUUGCCUGGUACUGCCCUGCUGGAAAACCCAAUGAUGCCUUCAAUGACUGUGUUGCCUUUUGUAAUCUUCAUGGUGAUGCUCUGUUGAUUGAAAAACAGCGUGACAUACUGAUUGAAAAAUCCUCCAUCAGUAUUUUUGUAUUGGCAUCUCUUCAAAGCAAUGAAGAAAGUCGAUCACUCAUAUCGUCUCUUUUUAAGUCGCAUAAGCCUCUCAUUUGUCUCACUGUUGAUGGCAGCUGUGAUGCUGUUAAGACAAAAAUGGGAAAAUACAUAAUGGGGCUCAAAGAUAGAAACCUAGCAGAUGUAUCUGAACACCUGAAGAAGAUCAUUCGCGAGGUUUUGUCUUCUCUUGAUGGUCCCAUCUUGAAACCAUCCUUCCAUCUUGAAACCAUGGCUGAGCUCUCUGGAAUCAGAGUGGAUGAAACUGACCCAGCCUGUCAAAGAGUGAAAUCUGCUGCUAUGAAAAUAAUCAAUCUGCUUAAAAAGGAUAACAUGGAUGUCUCAAAGAUCAAAGAUGAAUUUCUCCCUUGUCAAGGCCAACUGUGGCAUCAGUGGAGCAAAAUACACAGAGAAAUGUUUCAUCUCAGAGGAAACAUUGAAAAGGAGAAAAGUCAAAAGCAACAAGAACUGAUGAACAUACGUCAGAAACAAUGUGCUGCGUCCUGCAGUAAACUGAUGCAGUUGUUCACUGGAAGUCUCUCAUCAUUGCCACCAACAGACAGAGAGUAUUUCCUAAAAUGGACUCAGAUCUUCAUAGAUGCCCUCUGUACUGACGAUCUUUCCCCAAUUCUACAAAGUUAUGAUGAAAAGUGGUCUGAGGUCUUGGCUUUGAAGAACAAAUGGGACAAAUCAGAUCUGUUAUUAGAAAAACAAACUGAAUUUGAAGUCAUAUCCAAAAAACUUCAGUCUGCAACUUUUGGUUUGGAGCACAUCUUCAGAGAAAUGGGACAGAUCUACGAAGCCCAUAAAACAACACAAAGAGAGAGCAGACACACUGACUGGUCUAAAUACCCUGAGCUGGCUGCACAGCUGAUGAUAUCAGGACACCCGAUGGAGCUGAUGGAUGGUGAUGCAGGUCAUGUACCUUUAACAUGGAUCUCCAGUCUUUUAGAAGAAGUCAUCAAGAAACUGGGGGACCAGAGAGUUUUUGUGUUGUCAGUUUUGGGCCUACAAAGCAGUGGGAAAUCAACAAUGCUGAACACCAUGUUUGGGCUGCAGUUUGCAGUGAGUGCUGGCAGGUGCACCAAAGGUGCCUUCAUGCAGCUGCUCAAAGUGUCAGAGGAGAUGAAGAAAGACUUGAAGUUUGACUAUGUUCUAGUGGUGGACACUGAAGGACUGCGUGCUCUAAAAGUAGAAGGUAACAACACUCUUCAUCAUGACAAUGAACUGGCAACACUUGUUGUUGGUCUGGGAAACCUGACACUGAUCAACAUCUUUGGAGAGAAUCCUUCUGAGAUGCAGGACAUCCUGCAGAUUGUUGUUCAGGCUUUCAUGAGGAUGAAGGAAGUUCAACUUUCUCCCAGUUGUGUGUUUGUUCACCAGAAUGUCACAGAUGUUGCAGCAGCAGAGAAAAACAUGGAUGGAAAGAGAUGCCUGCAGGAAAAACUGGACCAGAUGGCCAAACUAGCAGCCAAAGAGGAAGUUUGUGAUGCAGAGUGCUUCAGUGAUGUCAUUGAAUUUGAUGUUCAAAAAGAUGUGAAAUACUGUGCCCAGCUGUGGGAGGGCAGUCCACCCAUGGCUCCUCCAAAUCCAGGUUACAGUGAGAGCAUCCAGGAAGUGAAGAACACCAUCCUCUCUAAAGCUUCAAAGUCUGAUGGGAUCACUCUCUCACAGUUCAAAACAAACAUUCAGGACCUGUGGACUGCACUGCUGACUGAAAGUUUUAUUUUCAGUUUUAAAAAUACACUUGAAAUUGCAGUGUUUCGACAACUGGAGGUCCAGUAUGAGAACUGGACCUGGACCCUGAAGAGCAACAUGUUGACCAUUGAAAACCAACUUCAUAACAGAAUUCAAAAUGGAAAACUUGAUGAGGUUGAUAAGUCUCAUCUUUUCAGAGAAAUAAGCAAAAUAUAUGAGAGAAUCAAAAGAGCAAUGAAAAUGUACUUUUAUCACAAAGAGAAAGUGAUCUUGGCUCAGUGGCAAGAACUUGAAAAUAAAAUCAAUGAGCUCUAUAAAGAACAGGUGAACAGAGUGAAAGUAAAACUGGAUGGAGUUAUCCAACACAGAAAAGCUCAUAAAAUGAUUGAUGAGAAGAAGUCAGAUUUUGAGAACAAACUGCUACAGAAGAGCAAAGAGCUCGCUCAGAAACUGAAGGAUAAGGCCAAAGAUGAAGAAGAGCUUCAAAGACAGUUCAACUCUGUUUGGAGCGGCUGGGUUACUGAAUUAACAGCAGAUAUAAAACCUUUUGAAGACAUCAAUUUGGAACAAGAUCAGUUAACGAUCCUUCAAGAGCUUGGUUUUGAGCCAGCUCUCAUAUAUGAAUGUAAAAUAAGUGGCAGAUACAAGAAAAUAUCAGAUGUUGGUGAUUAUUCAGAUUAUAUAAAGAUAAGUGGACAGACGUCAAUGAUUAGAAUCUUUACGAACUCCCACAAAAUAUUUCGAGUUGGCCCUUUCUCCUAUAAUGAACAAGAACAGAUCAGAUUGCUCAUUGACCAAGCUGAAAAAGAGUCACUUGAUGCAAUCAAAAACAAACAUGUAGCUGCAACAGGCUACACACAAACUUAUUUGCAAGAAAUAGUCAACCAUGUGACAGAAAAAGUUCAGAAAUUUCUGUCAGAGAGGAAAUACACUUUAAACAAGGAGUUUAAAGUUAAUCUCUUGCUCUACGUGUUCUACAGGGCAGAAAGUUGGCUUCUAGAAAUAAACAAUGCUACAAAGGCUUAUUUGGAAAGCAAGAAAACACAGUAUUACAUAGUUUUUAGAAGCUUUUCUAAAGGAAACUCCUCUGCUGUUGUGCUUGGAGAACUGAUCUGUGAUCUGCUGAAAGUUUCCACUCUUGAGGCUGUCUGUAACAAGACUGCCAUUGAUCUUGCUGGAAAGAUGAGGUGUAAUUUCCCAGCAUUCAAUGGUAACAGACUGAACUUGGAGAAACAUAUGUUGAGGUCACUCGCUGAGAAAGAAAACUUUGAUGAUUUCAUCACCUACAUCACAAAUCCAAGGAGACAAACAGAAGCUUUCAUUAAAGCAGAAGUGCAGAAAUACAUCUACGCGAGUCACAAAGAUGAAGCUGUGGAAAUACUCAAGAAAAAUAUUGAUGACAUCAAAACAACUGUGAGUCAGGCUUUAUUUACUGUAACACAAAAGGUCAAAAAUCAGAGAGGAGACACAGAUAUGUGGCUGAAGGAAUUUUCUAAUGUCCUAAAGGAUGAGCUGACAUUUGACAACAUUUGUUCUGAAAACUUCAGCGACAUAAAAGAUUUGUAUUUCCUCAGUAAAGAGAUAGAAAAAGGAUUUACAUCCAUUACUGAGAAGAUGAGCAGCCUCUCCCUGGAUAAGCUGAAUGAAUCCAGGCACAAGCCUGAAGAAAUCCUCAUAGAUCAGCUUUGUAACUGCUGCUGGGUAAAGUGUCCAUUCUGUGCAGCUGUUUGUACCAACACCAUGAAAGAUCACAGCCCUGAUGACCACAGCACUCCUUUUCAUCAAGCUCUUGGGGUUAACGGGAAGCACCGGGAACACACAGUAGAGCUCAGCAUCAGUUUCUGCACAACAAAUCUUGCUAGUGAUGACAGUUUUUACCCUCAGGAUGAUUCAAAGGAAGCCAUUCCCUACAAACAGUACAAAACUGCUGGUCCACCGUAUGAUACCUGGCGCAUCACACCUGAUGGGUCUAAACUGGCAUAUUGGAAGUGGUUUUUAUGUCGAUUUCAAAAGGAACUGGAAGAGCACUAUGGGUUAAAGUUCAUCGGCAGAGGAGAGAUUCCAGAUCAGUGGAAAAAAAUAACUAAAAACAAAGCCAUUAAAUGUUUGGAUGAAAUCUAUUAA